AUGGGAAUCUGUUCCAAGCGCAACAAGAAGCUGCUUGGCUUUAUCAGUGGUGUCCCUAUCAAAAUCCAAAUAGGUGAGGAUGUGGUUGAAGCGGCAGAUUUAAAUUUUCUCUGUGUUCAGAAGGGUUUCAAGAAGUUCAGCUUUGGUUCUUUGGGUUCAUUCAUGAUCGAUGAGAUGAGAAGAAGGGUUGACCUGGAGGGUGUUAGCAAAGCUGUUUAUCUCACAGUUUCAGAGCGCUCUACACCAAGCAUCACCUGCCAACCAUGGUACAGGGCAUUGAAGGAAGAAAAACAACCACUACCUGCAGCAACAACACAAACACCUGGCUUAAGACCAAUGUUACCAUGUGAUGUCCCUGCUGUUACAAAACUUAUAAGAAGCUACCUUAGACAGUUUAGGGUUUCAUCUUACCUUGAAGAAGCAGACGUCACCCAUUGGCUUCUGCCACGGGAUAAGGUUGUGUACUCUUACGUCGUGGUCAACCCUUCCACUGAGUUUGUGACUGACUUCUUCAGUUUCUACGCUAGGAAAAAUUCUGAUUUGAAUGUAGCAUUCUCCUUUUAUCAUGUUGCUAGAGACACCUCCACCAAGACUCUCAUGAGCGAUGCCUUAGUAGUGGCAAAGGAAAGUGGAUUUGACUUCUUCGGCGCCUUGGACAUAAUGGGGGACAGAUCUUUCUUGAAGAAGAAGCUGAAGUUCGUUAAGGGAAAAACUCUUGCUUAUUACCAUUUUAGCAACUUCAAUCUUCCCCACCUGAAGCCACGAGAGAUUGGUGUCAACAUCAAAGCUACUUGA